AUGCAUACGAUAUCAAAAGCUUCAGUGGACAGGCUUUACGCGCACUUUGACUCAUGUCAUAAGAGUUCCUACUUUGGUAUUUUCGCCCGUCGCGAACCAGAUAACCUGGACGAGCUGGUGGUCUUCGACAAGGUGGAAGACAAAAGGCCGCGGGACAGAUCGCAAACCCGCUGGUGUGACCAAGUCACGAUUCUCACGGGUCUCUUCCAUAACAGCAGUGCUGAGGGAAGCUACAGACCGAAUAAACUGGAGAGAUAUUACUUGCAGGGUAGCAGGAAGGAUAGCAGCCUUACAGUGAUGAAGAAUACGACUAAGAAGAUGAAUACCUUAAAAACUCUUAAUGCGACAGCCUCCGUAUGUCAAAAUACCAUACAUAUUUGA